GAGGGAGCGCAAAAAACAUCAAAAUAAAAACAUCGAUAUCUCGCGCAAAGUGCUAAUCGUAAAUACACGUAAUCAGCACUCGUACGAGCAACUUUUUUUCACUAACAUUAUUUUUCUGUGGUGCACAAAAUCAUGAAAAAGGUGGUCGUGUUAAAAUCCGAAAGCGACAACAGUGACACCUACAGCAGUCUCCUCCAGAAGCAUGGCUUCGAGCCCGUCCUGGUGCCAACUUUGGAUUUCUCGUUUAAGAAUUUGGACGUUCUGCGGGAUCGAUUACUAUCGCCGUACAAGUACUCCGGCCUAAUUUUCACCAGCCCGAGGAGUAUCACGGCGGUGCGGGAUGCACUGGGUGGACAACGGUUGAAGGAUGACUGGCGAACGCUGGAGAACUACAGCGUUGGGGAGACUUCGCAUGAUUUGAUAUGCAAUCACCUUCAGCUGAACACGAAGGGUCAGCAGUCUGGAAACGCAAGCAAUUUGGCCGACUUUAUCAAGACGGACCUGUACAACAAAACGAUAACGUUGCCGUUCCUUUUCCCCUGCGGGAACCUCAAGCAAGACGUCCUACAGUACAAACUGUCCGAAUACGGGUACUCGCUGGACUCGGUCGAAGUAUACGAAACGGUGCCCCACAAGGACCUGGAGCGGAACCUGGUCCAGCUGUUCCGCGGUGACGCUCCGGCGUUCCUGCUGUUCUUCAGCCCGUCCGGCAUCAACUACUGUUCGGCCAUCUUCGAGCGGAACAAGCUGGACCUCGGUGGCUGCCGGAUCGUAGCCAUCGGCCCUAGCACCAAGAAGGCCAUCGAGAACAAAGGCCUGACGGUGUACCGGACGGCGGAAAAACCCUCGCCCGAGUACGUGGUUGGGGCUCUUUUGGAUACCUAACCGGGUAGCGUUGAGUAGUUUGUAGUCUUACCCUGAAUCUUUACUGUGUGUACAUGUUCACGUCACGUCCCCGCUCAGGAACUGGCUUCCGGCGGGGGCGACUAAAUUAUACUACUAUAUAUGCUGUUACGAACUAAAAAGAAGCAAAUAGAUUUUUCUCCUAGAUGAACGCAGACUAAAUGAAAAGGUUGUUGGUAGUUUUUAGAGUGCGGCGGGAAAAGUUACCGUGAAAAGAGAAAUGUUAACAAAAAAUGGACGUUUAUUAGGUGAGCAUGGGGGCUAAUCCAGAAUAAAAACGAUGACAUUGUUUUUACACUUUCGUAAACACAUGUUAACGAAAAUUUCGACGGGAUUUGCCCCCAUGUAAUCGGCCGUAGUUGUUGGACUUUAAUGAAAUGUUGAACUAGUGUUGAGACGAAUCGGUGCGCGGAAUAAAUAGACAUUCAAAUAGUUAUUUUUUAUGAUUAAAUAGUUUUAUGUAGUUUGAACUAGUGCACCGAUGGAGUCGUGUCAAGUCAAAUUAAAUGUGUCAAUUGAAGCGAGUUAGCACACAUCGCCGUUUUCGUUCCUUUCUUGUGAAAACUUAUUUUACACAAUCCGAUAUUACUGAUUCUGAAUCUGUUGCGCACCUCGUCGUACGACGUCGAAAAGUCAUUAGAUAUUGAAAUGUGUAGUUCCAUUUAGCCAACAAUAGUGAAUUUUGAAUUUACUGCUUUUACUUAUUUUUAUUUAGUGAUAACAAAA